GCCAUGGAAGAAGACGACGACAAACUCCCUACCACCACCGCAACCACCACAAUGGCGUUUGUCACCGUCAUCUUCCUCCUCUUUCUCUCCACCCUCUCCCUCACCACGGCCGAUGACACAGCCAUCAUGAUGAAACUAUCCGCCUCCUUAACCCCAUCACCUCCCACCUGGUCCGGCAACAACCCUUGCAAAUGGCAGGGCGUAAGCUGCGACUCCUCAGGUCGAGUCACCGCUAUAACCCUCACCUCCAGGUCCCUCACCGGAACCAUACCUUCAGAAAUCACACAACUCUCUAGCCUACAAUCUCUCUCCCUACAAAACAACCAACUCACCGGCACCAUCCCGCCCCUCGCCAACAUGACUCAGCUUCAAGAGGUUUACAUUGAUGGAAACUCCUUCACCAAACUUCCUUCCACCUUCCUUGUUGGCCUACCAAACCUCCAAACCUUCAGCAUGAACGAUAUCCCUUUACCUACCUGGACAUUACCUGUAGGGCUAUCAGAUUCAUCCUCUCUCCAAGAGUUUCGCGCUUCUAAUACAAACCUGGUUGGAUCAAUCCCUGACAUUUUCGCGUCAUUUCCUGGUUUAAAAGAUCUAAGACUCUCCUACAAUAACCUUACUGGGUUCUUGCCUGCUUCCUUGGCGGGUUCAGGCAUUCAGAAUGUUUGGAUCAACAACCAAAAGCAAGGACUCUCCGGAGUCCUUGACGUGUUUGGGAAGAUGCCUAGUUUGUCACAGUUAUGGGUGCAACAAAAUUCAUUCAUCGGUCCAAUCCCAGACCUCUCUAAAUGCACCUCAUUGUUCGAUCUACAGCUUAGGGAUAACCAUUUAACCGGGGUGGUACCACCUUCUUUAAGCAAUCUACCAAACCUAGUAAACAUUUCAAUGCAAAACAAUCAACUUCAAGGACCAAUGCCGGUUUUCAAGGGAGGUGUACAAGUCACCCUAGGGUUUACUAACAGCUUUUGUAAGGACACACCAGGUCCUUGUGACCCUCAAGUCACCUCCUUACUUGAUAUUGUAGGUUCAUUGGGUUACCCUAGCGAGUUAGUCGUGUCGUGGAAAGGAAACGAUGCUUGUAAGAAUUGGGCUCAUGUGAGUUGUGAUUCUAAUGGGAAUGUGGUUAUGGUGAAUUUUGCUAAACAGAAUUGGUCAGGAACCAUUUCGCCGUCUUUUGCUAAUCUAACAUCACUUACUUCAAUCCUUUUGAAUGAUAAUAAUCUUGUAGGAAGUAUACCGGGUGUUUUAGCCAGCCUUAAGAUGCUACAGAAGUUUGAUGUUUCUAACAACAACUUGACAGGGAAGAUUCCUACCUUUGCUCGAACCGUGGAGGUGAUAUCUACAGGAAACCCUUUCUUAGGGACAAAUGUCGAUACUACUAAAUCCUUAAAGUCACCUCCUGAUAUGAACAACUCUCCUACAGAAACAAACGAUAGUGAUAAUCCUACAACUUCAUUGUCCAAACUACAUUUUUCUCGCUCUGUUGUCAUAGGGGUUGUCAUUGUUGUCAUAGUUCUGUUAGUAGCUGCAGGAUACUUCUUGUACCCUGGCUUAAAGAAGCUGUUCGCCUCACGAAAUAUCAAAGGGAAGAAGAAGAAGAAGAAUAAGUUUGAAGAUUUAAAGAUGAGCCCCAUUGGUAAAUAUCCUCAAGGAAGUCCAAAAGAGCAAAGUAAUAUGCGUAACAAUGGGCAUAAUAAUCCUUUGUAUGACCAAGGUAACAGCUUCCCAAUUGAAGUCCUACGUGAGGUAACAGAUAAUUUCAGUGAAAGGAACGUUUUAGGACGAGGAGGGUUUGGGAUUGUUUACAAGGGAGUUCUUCAAGAUGGGACUGAAAUCGCGGUUAAAAGGAUGGAAUCUAACCUACAAGGUUCUAAAGGGAAGAGUGAGUUUGAGGCAGAAAUUACUGUUCUAACUAAGGUGAGACAUAGACAUUUGGUGGCACUUUUAGGAUAUUGCAUCAAUGAGAAUGAGAGGAUUGUUGUUUACGAGUAUAUGCCUCAAGGAACGUUGGGGCAGCAUCUUUUUGAGUAUGAUCAAGAAGGACGAUCCCCUCUGACGUGGAAACAGAGGCUUGUGAUCGCUUUGGAUGUUGCUAGAGGUGUUGAAUACCUUCAUAGUUUGGCUCAACAGAGUUUUAUACAUAGGGACUUGAAACCGUCAAAUGUACUUCUUGGGGAUAAUAUGAGAGCUAAGGUUUCAGACUUUGGAUUGGUGAAAAAUGCUUCUGAUCAAGGAAAAUACUCGUUGGAGACUCGUUUAGCAGGAACCUUUGGGUACCUUGCACCAGAAUAUGCAGCCACCGGAAGAGUAACAACAAAAGUCGACGUGUUUGCAUUUGGUGUAGUACUAAUGGAGAUAAUAACCGGAAGAAAAGCCUUAGACGAAAAGCUACCAGAAGACCAAGCACAAUUAGCAUCGUGGUUCAGAAGAGUUCUCAUCACCAAAGAAAGCAUAAGAAAGGCCAUAGACCCUAACCUCGAGACAGACAUAGAGGAAACUUUCGAAAGCAUUUGCAAAGUGGCUGAGCUCUCAGGGCACUGCACAGCUAGGGAGCCACAACAGCGUCCUGAUAUGAGUCACGCGGUUAACAUCCUGUCCCCUCUGGUGGAGCAAUGGAGACCUGCUGAGCUGGAUACUGACAAUGAUUGUGUUGGGAUAAAUACCGACGUGAGUCUUCCUCAGGCUCUUCAGAGAUGGCAAGCUGGUGAGACUACGAUGAUGAGUGAAUAUAGUAGUGUUAUGGAUGAUGAUAAUAGCAGACAUUAUCACUCUAGCGCUCCUACUACACCUGCUAUGGGGGAAAGCUUUACCAACUUCAAUGGUCGAUGA